UAUAUCCCUGAUACAUACAUGUAUCUACAACAAGUAGAUAUUUGCAACACACUGUAAAGAAAAAUAAACGUUUGCACGGUUGGGUAAUAAUUGGAUUUUACAGUGUUCUUUAAUUAACAAUGCGUCAUUUAUUCCGGUGCUUUGUUAAAAAAGAUGUUUGUAAUUGUUUAAGAAGAUGUUAUGGGAGCCUUUCUGUGCGGAUUUCAACGCAGACCGACCAGGAAAGAAGAAAUGAAAAGAACUUACAUGAUCUAAAACCGAAAAAUGUGUCAAGUAAAAAGCGAAGUUUUUCGUCUGCUCCGACGGAGGAAACGAUAUUUAAAAGUCCGAGACCGGCGGAGAAGUUGCCAGUUGUGUCUUUAAGCGACUACAUGUUUUCUCGUUUUAACAAAUUCGGCAGCAAAAAUGCGCUGGUCGAUGAUGCAACUGGUACAACAUACACAUAUUCACAACUAGAAGAGCUCUCUAGAAACGUCGGAAGCUUCUUGUACAGAUCCGGAUUGAGGAAGAAUGAUGUUAUAUGUUACUAUGGCACCAACAAUCCAGAGUUUGCUUUACUGUUGCUAGGGUGUUCGUCCGUUGGAGUUAUCUUGACGACGGCAAAUCCAGCAUACACUUCAGGUGAAUUAGAGAGACAUAUGGAGCAUUCAGGAGCAAAAAUGUUGGUCACAGUCCCGCCACUGAUACCCAAAGUACAGGAAGCGGAAAUAAAAAAUGUGAUUGUUAUAGGUGGUGCUGAUGGUUGCCGCCCUUUUUCCGACUUGCUAGCAGACGACGGCAAGUGCUUUCCUUCUGACGUCACAAUCGACCCUCAUGAAGAUAUUGUCAUAUUACCAUACAGUAGUGGUACCACAGGUUUACCAAAAGGUGUUAUGUUAAGCCACUUCAAUGUUGUGGCAAAUCUAAGACAGUUUAAGCAUUCUACAGUAACAACUACAGAAGAUAACAAUUUUGCUGUUUUGCCUUUUUAUCAUAUUUAUGGCAUGGCCCCGAUCCUCUUUGGUACUUUGCAAGAUGGGGGCACACUUGUAACAACACCCGGCUUUGAUCCUGAAGGGUUCUUAAAAGCAAUCGUCAAACAUAAGAUCAGUCAGUUACAUAUUGUUCCACCGAUCGUGUUGUUUAUGGCACGCCAUCCAGUCGUGGACAAGUUCGAUCUUUCUCAUGUACGCAACGUUAUCUGUGCAGCAGCCCCGCUUGGAGAAGCACUGACAAAUGAAUUCAAUGACAAGAGACAGAAGAAAAUCAGACAAGGAUACGGUUUGACAGAAACAUCACCAGUUGUCAGUCUUGACGAUGAAGAUAUCACAGUCGGUUCAAUAGGAAGACUUGUAUCAAACACAGAAGCAAAGUUCGUAAAUCCGGAGACAGGAAAAAGCCUAGGAAUUAAUGAGACUGGAGAACUAUGUGUGAGAGGCCCUCAGAAUAUGAAAGGUUAUUUAGAGAAUGAGAAGGCUACCAAAGAAAUGAUAGAUGAAGAUGGCUGGCUCCAUACAGGGGAUGUUGGACACAUGGGAGAAAAUGGAUGUAUUGUGGUUUCAGACCGCCUGAAAGAACUCAUCAAAUACAAAGGACUACAGGUUGCCCCAGCAGAGUUAGAAGAUUUGUUACACAAACACCCGGCCGUCCAGGACGUGGCUGUGAUUGGUAUGCCGGAUGAUCGAGCUGGAGAGCUGCCAAGGGCAUAUGUGGUGCUCAAACCAAACCUGGAGAUACAUGCACAUGAUUUAAUGAAAUAUGUGGAAGAUCAUGUAUCCGACUACAAAAAGUUACGAGGUGGGGUAGAAUUUAUGAAGGAGAUACCAAAGUCCCCAAGCGGCAAGAUUCUUAGGAGGGUACUUAAAGAUCAACUGCCAAGUUCUCAAAUAUAAUUUAUUACAACGGCCAUAUUCUCCCCCAAAACAAAUCAUUCGCCUUUUGAUCAAGUGUUUACAGACUUAUUUUAUAAUGUGAUUCAUUGAACAAUAUAUGUAAUAUAAAAUAAUGAUUUGCAUAAUUCUUCGAAGCUUGUCUAGUACUUGUCAUUUGUGUAAUAGGUGUGCUUUUGCAUAAGAAAAUAUAAUGUAUUUUGUCAUAUUGAUUACAUAUGUGUAAUGAUUUGAUGUCGAGAUAUGUGUCCAUGUGUUUAUGUCUUUAUGUGUGAUGUGGUAAUACAGCUAUAUAUUGACAUAGAAGUGUACGGGUUCCAGAUGCAACGUCCUCAGUAUACGUUUAUACUCUUGCAUUUGAAAGACGUGUUUCUGUCGCUUUGUUAAUAAAUGUAUACAUCCAUAUGCUAUCAAAGUAUCCCAAAUAUGUAAUAAAGUAUUACAAAUGUAUAUCUAAUGCAUUGUCUGGAGGUCACAAACCACAUUUUCAAAACUUAAAUGUCAAAAUGUAAGUGAUAUAGCCUUUCUACGCACCUAACAUAUUGCAUGAUGGUACUACGAGUAGGUCAGUAUGUUUUGGUAAGUUUGAUAUAUAAAUGCGCCUUUGGAAUUGUCCUUUAUGUUCAUCCAGAAUGUGUGUUUAAACGACAGAAAAUUUCAUCUACUGCAGUAUUCUGUAUCAUCUACAUAUGCACAUUUCAAUUUUUCAUUUGAAUA